GCGCAGCGCUAGCGCAGUUAUCUAGCCAAAAAUGGCGUCGACUUUCAGACAAGAUAUGCCGCCGAAAGGCGGCUAUAGCAACAUCAAUUAUAAGCGAAUGUUGCCCAAAAGAGGGUUUUCAGGAUACACAAUGUUUGCUGGUGUGGCAGGAAUUAUGACCUUUGGCUUUGUUACCUUGGCAAUGAGCAAUAAACAAAGGAGGAAAUGGAUCCAAGAGGAUCGUGAAUCCAAGAUAGCAAUAAUGCCUCUUAUUUGGGCAGAAAAGGACAGAGAGAUGCUUCUCAGGCUACAAUACAACAGGGAGCAGGAGGCUGAGAUCAUGAAGGAUGUCCCAGGCUGGACCGUUGGUGAAGGUGUCUUCAACUCCAAGAGAUGGUACGAACCAGGUCUUCUAGACCUCUACUACCUAGAACCCUCCAAGGAAAGGAACAAGAAAGUCUUUGGCUUCAACACUUUCACAGGAACAUAAAUAAAUAGUUGUACGCUCUAAAGGGGACCAAUCACUGAAAUAUUAUUUUGUUGUCCUGUGGUGUCUUGAUGUAGAUCACCAAAACUUGUUCCCCUUCAAAAUUGUCGAUAACCCAACUGGUAUCUUUCUGAUGUUAAUAUAUUAGAAGCAAGAUAAACAACUGAUCUUGUAUCUUGAUACAACCCAAGAUAAGAAAACUAAUUACUGCACAGUGUUCUUACAUUGUUUAUCUUUGGACGGAAUUUAUCUUUCUGUUUCAGACUUACAAGAUUUGUUUUAAAACUUGUUUUUGUCUCAGUAUCUACUUUUUGUGGACAAAUCAAAUGGGGGAACAAAGCAAAAUAGCCAUGAGUGGUUGGUCCCCCUUGAGAAAAUAGUUAAUUAGAUUUUAGAGUUAUACUGCAUUGGAUCUACGAUACUAUUUUUUUUUUCUGGGAUGCAGCAUGCAGAUGUAGGCUUGAUUGAUUUGGCUA